CACCACACAGCUGAGAAUCGAAGAGGGAAGUGGCUGCGCACACGAAAAGUGAAUUUGUCUUCAAGGAAAGUGGCAUGCUGUGUUUUUUUAACAACUCGAGCGACGAGUGACAAAAAUUACGACAAAACAUCAAGCCAAAAUGUUUCGCUGAAUUCACGACUUGUUUAGAUUUGGUCACAUAAUGCCCAACAUCAUUCUGAAAACACACCAUUAUGACCCAUAAUAAAUUUGGAGAUACAAGGAGGCUUUCUAAAUUGCCAGAUUAUGGCAGUGUUAAUGGGGAUGGACAGUCGGAUCGAUGCCCUACCUGCCAGGGCACUGGACGCAUACCAAGAGGUCAGGAGAAUCAACUCGUGGCAGUCAUUCCUUGCAGUGAUCAAAGACUGAAACCUCACCACACGAAACUGUAUGUGUGCAUAUCAGUGGGACUUUGCCUCCUGAUCUGCUCGCUGACCCUCUUUUUCCUGUUUCCACGGAGCAUGGACAUGUCAACCGUGGAACUACAGUCAUCUAUGGUCUAUUUCACUUCAGAUACAGUUAAAAUAGUUGUCACGAACAAACUGAACAUCACCAAUCAUAACUUUGUUAGCAUUCAAGCAGAAGAUCUUAAUGUGCAAGCACUGAUUUUAGAGAAGGUGGUUGGCAAGACCAAGUUCAUAAAUGUUACAAGACUGCCUCCUCGAUCACAUAAGACGAUCACAGUUGUAUCAGACAUUGUUAUUGAUGACACAGGUCUUAACAAUUACUGCAAAUCACAUGCCAUUCAGAUUCACACCUUAUUCUUGCAUUUGCAAUUGACCAUCAACGUCUCCUACUUGUCCCAUUCAGAACAGAUGUCUAGAGAUGCCUAUGAAUAUAUUGACUGUGGAGUAAAUUCUACCAUUCCUCAUACCAUCCCACUGCUUUGAGACAAUUGCCAAAGUUUAUCCAUGAAUGCCGAUACCAUAAAAAUCAAACAAUAUUUUUCCUGCCUUAACAGGGAUUGUCAUUUUAUUCCACAAUUUACUGCAGUCAUUCCUUCAAGUAGGGUGUUGACUUAUAUUGACAGUAAUAUAUGAGAUCAAAGUAAAUGUCACUGUAACUAUGAAUGCAUUCUGGAAAUUUUGUGAAAUAGUGUAUACAUUAUACAAACUUUUUUAAUGCACAUCACAUUUUUUCAUUUUUGUUUGAUAAUUAUUGAGAUAUAGGAAUUGUUCAUGCAAACUAUUUUAAUUAGGACUGCAAACAUUAAAACAGAUCAAUGUUGGUGUAUGAUUAAAAUACAGAUCUUUAUUUGUGAAGUUG